AUGGUAGGACGUCUGGAAGGUAAAGUGGCCAUAGUGACCGGUGGAGGGUCGGGUUUUGGUGCCGGUAUCGCGACCAAGUUCAUCCAAGAGGGCGCAAAGGUGCUCAUCUGUGAUCUGUCUGAGCAGAACGGCACCAAGGUCGCGCAAGAUCUGGGCUGCGAAUUCUUGGUUGCCGACGUCACCAAGCGCGCCGACUGGGAGGCACUACAGAAAAAAGCCGUCGACGCUUACGGGGGUCUGGACAUAAUCGUCAACAACGCCGGCACCACUUACAAGAACAAGCCGACAGAGACCGUCACGGACGACGAGUUCGAUCUGUGCUUCAAUGUCAACGUCAAGAGCAUUUACCUGUCGAGCAGCGUGCUGCUCCCGUAUUUCAUCGAGCAGAAUCGACCGGGCUGUUUUAUCCAGAUCGCCUCGACGGCGGGCAUCAGGCCGCGCCCCGGCUUGACUUGGUACAACGCCUCCAAAGCCGCCGUGAGCAACGCGACCAAGACCAUGGCGGUGGAAUAUGGGCCCAAACAGAUUCGCUUUAAUUCCGUUUGCCCUGUCGUGGGCAGUACCGGGUUGUGGGUCUCUCCGUUGUUUGUUCAUACUUCUGCGUACCACAGGAGUUGCCUUGUUCUCACUGCUGACACUUUUGAACCUCCUUAA